UUGUUCCUAUUGACUGUAAGGAUUACCGGGAAAAUGGUCACACUUAUACAGGUGUGUAUGAAAUCUACCCCUUUGGGACCAUCUUGCCUCCUAUCCGAGUUUAUUGUGACAUGGAUACAUUCGCUGGAGGGUGGACCGCUAUUCAGAAAAGAAUAGAUGGAUCCCUGACCUUUGAUAAAAAAUGGGAUGACUAUAAAAAUGGUUUUGGGGUGACAGAACAGAAUCUCUGGAUAGGAAAUGACGUCAUCCAUCAGUUGACAAAGGGAAAGAACUCCUCCCUCUACGUUUCCAUCACGUUAUCGAAUGGCACAUUGCUGUACCAGUUGUACAAUCAAUUUUCUAUUUAUGAUGAAGCAAACCAGUAUCAACUGUUUCUUAACGGACCUGCCACGGGAACUUUAG